AUGAAUUUUGUCGAUUCACUAUGCAAAUAUUAACUCAAGUUAUUUUUAAUAGAAGUUGAUCUAAAAUUGUUUUUAGAAGGAUAAAUGGAUAAUUCUAUAACAUUCAAGCUAUAUUAGAAAAAUAAUUAAUUCUAAAUACAAAUAUCUACUUCACUAGAUUCUUAAAAAAUAGGAAUUCUUGUUUAAGUUCUUGAUAGUGGAGGAUCAAUAAAAUAAGUUUAUGAAAUAAUUACACCAAAACUUGCAUAAAUAGAUCGCGUUUAAAUUUAAUUUUAGAAUUUUAAUCUAUUAAAUAAAAUAGUAUUGCUAUUUGAAGCUAUGAAUCAAAAUGUAAUAAAUUACAUAAAAAAAUAUAUAAUCAUUUACUUAAUUAUAAAUUUUACAAAAGUAAAUGAAUAAUAUCUUAAAAUUUUAAGCAAUUAAAUUAUAUUAACAAUUUUAAAUAAUUGA